AUGAGACACCUACAGGGAGAAAAAGAGAGGAGAGGGAGGGAGGGGGGGUUUGUGGAGACGAAGCUGUUGCUGGAAAAUGGAGAUAGACACCUCCGAGAGGGAAAAGAAAGAAGCGACGGGAACCAGCGUGUGGAGGGGAUAGAGAAGAAGAGGAGGAGGAGGAGGGAGACAGAGGGAGGGGAAGAGCUAAAGAGGAGGGGAGGGGACGAGACGGGUGAGGGAGGACCAGAGGAGAGGAGAGAGAGAGGCAGAUACGGAGGUCCACAGACAGACAGCAGAAGCAGCAGCAGCAGCGUGUAG